CCAUCCCUUCUGCCUAGUGCUGCGAGGGGAAGGAGGGCUAGGGCUCAUCCCGCCGGGAUUCAGGGGAGCAAAGUCGACCGCCCCCGCCCAGGGGACCUGGGCCGAAGAGGGGGCGACAGAGGUAGGCUCGUGGCAAGCCGCGGCCCGGGCCCUUUGGCCAUCGCGGGAGCUGAAGGCGGCAGUCGGCAUUGGGGUGGUGGCUCGGCUUCCCACCUGUAGGAGAGAGGGUGCGCCCCGCGUUCCCCACUCCACCCCCAGUCGGCCGCCGGAAUAAAGAUGCCUAGAGUCGUGGGCAAGUAAGGUCGCAACCGUGCUGCGGUGCCGGGGCGAAGGGCCCUAGAGCAACUCCUGGCAGAGCUGGACCACUUCCUCAAGAUCUUGGACCAGGAGAACCUGAGCAGCACCGCCGUGGUGAAGAAGAGCGGCCUGGCCGAGCUCCUCCGGCUUUACACCAAGAGCAGCAAUUCUGAUGAGGAGUACAUUUACAUGAACAAAGUGACAGUCAACAGGCAACAGAAUGCCGAGUCUCAGGACAAAGCGCCUGAGGAGCAGGGCCCGCUGAGCAAUGGGGGGCCUGGCCAGCACACCUUGGCCCCUCAGAAGAGCCUUCCAGACCUUCCACCACCCAAGACGAUUCCAGAACGGAAACAGCCUGCUGUUCCAAAGAUCGAGUCCCCGGAGGGUUACUAUGAAGAAGCUGAGCCAUACGACACGUCCGUCAACGGCCAUUCUGGCAGAUUUCUCCCUGCUGGACUCCCCAGAUGGGUGCAGGUGCCUGAAGGAGUCAUUUACGCCACGAUCACCUUGGAGGACGGCGAGGCCGUGAGCAGCUCGUAUGAGUCCUACGAUGAAGAGGAGAGCAGGGGCAAGGCCGCCCUCUACCAGUGGCCCUCCCCGGAGGCCAGCAUCGAGCUGAUGCGAGACGCCCGCAUCUGUGCCUUCCUGUGGCGCAAGAAGUGGCUGGGCCAGUGGGCCAAGCAGCUCUGCGUGAUCAGGGACACCAGGCUCCUGUGCUACAAAUCCUCCAAGGACCACAGCCCCCAGCUAGACGUGAACUUGCUGGGCAGCAGCGUCAUUCACAAGGAGAAGCAAGUGCGGAAGAAGGAGCACAAGCUGAAGAUCAUGCCCAUGAACGCCGACGUGAUCGUGCUGGGCCUGCAGAGCAAGGACCAAGCAGAGCAGUGGCUCCGGGUCAUCCAGGAGGUGAGUGGCCUGCCUUCGGAAGGAGCCUCUGAGGGGAACCAGUACACCCCAGAUGCCCAGCGCCUGAGCUGUCAGCGGCCAGAUAUAGCUGAGAAGUACCUUUCUGCUGCGGAGUAUGGAAGCUCCACAGACAGCCACCCUGAGGUCCCUGAGACCAAAGACGUCAAGAAGAAAUGUUCUGCUGGCCUCAAACUGAGCAACCUAAUGAACCUGGGCAGGAAGAAAUCCACCUCACUGGAGCCCCCAGAAAGGUCCCUCGAGACAUCUAGUUACCUGAAUGUGCUGGUGAACAGCCAGUGGAAGUCACGCUGGUGCUCCGUCAGGGACAGCCACCUGUACUUCUACCAGGACCGGAACCGCAGCAAGGUGGCCCAGCAGCCCCUCAGCCUGGUGGGCUGUGAGGUGGUUCCAGACCCCAGCCCCGACCACCUCUACUCCUUCCGCAUCCUCCACGGCGGGGAGGAGCUGGCCAAGCUUGAGGCCAAGUCUUCCGAGGAGAUGGGCCACUGGCUAGGCCUCCUGCUCUCCGAGUCAGGCUCCAAGACAGACCCAGAAGAGUUCACCUACGACUACGUGGACGCCGAGAGAGUUUCCUGCAUUGUGAGCGCGGCCAAAACCUCUCUCCUACUGAUGCAGAGGAAGUUCUCUGAGCCCAACACUUACAUCGACGGGCUGCCCAGCCAGGACCGCCAGGAGGAGCUGUAUGAUGACGUGGAGAUGUCAGAGCUGACGGCAGCGGUGGACCCCGUGGAGGAAGCCACCCCUGCCGUAGAUGGCCCAUGUGAGAGUGAGCUUGACCGAGUGUACCUGGACCUCACGCCCGUCAAGUCCUUCCUGUACAGCCCCAACGGAGGACAGACCCAGGCCCCCUGCCCCACGUCGCCACUCCUCAAGGAUCCAGCCGAGGCCCUCCCUGCAGACCCAGGCCCGGCCCCAGAGGAGCCCUGUACAAAGUCUGCAGAGAACCCAGAGCAGCAGGUACAGAGGCAGCUAGAGAGCCGGGAGCCCGAGGAGCCUUCCCUGAGAAUCGCCACAGUCAAAUUCCAGCCUGAGCAGCAGAGAAUCUCCUUCCCACCAAACUGCCCCGAUACUGUGGCCAUCAGCCCGGCUAGCGCCAGCCCACCUGUAAAGGACAGGUUGCGGGUGACCAGUGCAGAAAUCAAACUCGGCAAGAACCGGACAGAGGCCGAGGUGAAGCGGUACACAGAGGAGAAGGAAAGACUUGAGAGGAAGAAGGAAGAGAUCCGGGGGCACCUGGCUCAGCUCCGGAAAGAGAAACGGGAGCUGAAGGAGGCCCUGUUAAAAUGUGCAGACAAGGGAGUCCUGGCCAACCUGGAGCAGAAGCUGAAGGAGAUUGACGAGGAGUGCCGGAUAGAGGAGAGCAGGCGCGUGGACCUUGAGCUCAACAUCAUGGAGGUGAAGGACAACCUGAAGAAGGCUGAGGCCGGGCCCGUGACCCUGGGCACCACCGUAGACACCACCCACCUGGACAGCAUGAGCCCUCGCCCCAAAGCUGCCUCCUCCACCUCUACCCCAGACUGUACCCCAGUCAACUCCGCGACCGCCCUCAAGAACAGGCCGCUUUCUGUCAUGGUCACAGGCAAGGGCACCGUCCUCCAGAAAGCCAAGGAAUGGGAGAAGAAAGGAGCAAGUUAGGAAAUGAACAUCAUCUAAAGACUCUUGUGUCAAUGGGGACCGUGGUGACAAUCCUGCUUUGGUAAAGUCUUCAUUGAAAGAGCGACUCUGAGAAAGGGUGAGUCUGUGUAGAAGAAAAAGCCAGGACUAAGGUACUGUGAAUGGAAAGCUUGGCUAAGAGCUGGCUCUGUCCCUUUUUGAGCCCAAGGAAACAAAACCCCCAAAAAAGGCUUCUUUAGAGACCAGAGUCUAUUGGCUGUAAACAAGACAUUGUAUUUAGGGAUGUUCUGUUUCCUGUUUGAGGUUUUUAUCAAGUGUUUCUAGUGAAAAGCUUCUGAUGAUUCAACCUUGGUAGAAGUGAAAUUGAGGUAUCAGAACCCUGUCCCACUGGCGUUUGGUGACUAAGAAGACCUAAACUCCUGAUGGCCAGCUCCUGUCCAAUGCCAGCAGAGUCGGGGGUUAAACCGCCCUUGCCUUCAAGUUUGUUCUCCAGUGUGAUUAGUGGGCCCAGCUCAGUCUCUAGUGAUUUUAAACAGCAUCAAUACCACCUUCAACACGAAUUUUAAAGAAACAGUAGCUGAGAGAAAUAUUUGGGACCCAGCUGAGGCACUGAUCCUACUAAGGAUCUUCAUUCCAGUCCAAGGCAGCCCUGAAUCAACUGCCUUUAAAUAAAAUUGUGAUACUGUAUUGUAUAGAAAUGUUUAAAAUCCCGUCAUUUAGAACAGUGAAAAAUGUCUUUUGAGAUCUAAUUUUUACAUGACUAUAGAAAAAAAAGAUCACCCUGUGUUUACAGAUUCAGUCCUAUAGUCAGGCCAUUUUAAACAGGAGAAUUAUUUAAUAUAAUGCUCUCUUUGUUCCUGUGUUGAAGUUCUGUUUUAAUUUCUAGUUCCCUUGUAAGAAAAAAAAAAAAGUGAUGAAUUUUGGUUAGUAUAGUGUCCUCUUCUCUUAAAUUGGCACUGCUCUUCCUUGUGCUGUGAUGUCAUUGUUAACACAGGUUGAAACAUUUCAUCUGUCGCCCUGCCUCGGUUCUCUAACAAUGGUUCCUGAGAGCUAAAGGUCUUUUAAAAAAAAAUGUAUUGUCUUUCUAAUUCCAGGGCAUUUAUUUCCCAUGUCAUAAGCACUUGGUGACCUUUACCAAGUGGUGAGUUAGUUUUGUUUUGUUUUGUUUUGUUUUUUAAUAAAAUGGUCAUUGUA